AAAAACCUGUGGGUGCCUCAGACCACAGCAGAGCUCACAGAACCUGCGGGAGUCAGGCUGACCCUCCGGCAUGGUAGAGUUUGCGCCCUUGUUUGUGCCGUGGGAGCGCAGGCUGCAGACCCUUGCUGUCCUACAGUUUGUCUUCUCCUUCUUGGCUCUGGCCGAGAUCUGCAUUGUGGGCUUCAUAGCCCUCCUGUUUACAAGAUUCUGGCUCCUCACUGUCUUGUAUGCGGCCUGGUGGUACCUGGACCGAGACAAGCCGCGGCAGGGGGGCCGGCGCGUCCAGGCCAUCAGGUGCUGGACCAUAUGGAAGUACAUGAAGGACUAUUUCCCCAUCUCGCUGGUCAAGACUGCUGAGCUGGACCCCUCUCGGAACUACAUUGCGGGCUUCCACCCCCAUGGAGUCCUGGCAGCCGGAGCCUUUGCCAACCUGUGCACUGAGAGCACAGGCUUCUCUUCGAUCUUCCCUGGUAUCCGCCCCCAUCUGAUGAUGCUGACCUUGUGGUUCCGGGCCCCCUUCUUCAGAGAUUACAUCAUGUCCGCAGGGUUGGUCACAUCAGAAAAGGAGAGCGCUGCUCACAUUCUGAACAGGAAGGGUGGCGGAAACUUGCUGGGCAUCAUUGUAGGGGGUGCCCAGGAGGCCCUGGAUGCCAGGCCUGGAUCCUUCACGCUGUUACUGCGGAAGCGAAAGGGCUUCAUCAGGCUCGCCCUGACACACGGGGCACCCCUGGUGCCGAUCUUCUCCUUCGGGGAGAAUGACCUAUUUGACCAGAUUCCCAACUCUUCUGGCUCCUGGUUGCGCUGUAUCCAGAAUCGGUUGCAGAAGAUCAUGGGCAUCUCCCUCCCACUCUUUCAUGGCCGUGGUGUCUUCCAGUACAGCUUUGGUUUAAUACCCUACCGCCGGCCCAUCACCACUGUGGUGGGGAAGCCCAUCGAGGUACAGAAGACGCUGCAUCCCUCGGAGGAGGAGGUGAACCAGCUGCACCAGCGCUAUAUCAAAGAGCUGUGCAACCUCUUCGAGGCCCACAAACUUAAGUUCAACAUUCCUGCUGACCAACACUUGGAGUUCUGCUGAGCCCAAAGGGCAGGGCCAACAUUAGGGAGCCCAGCAGGAGGUGCUGUGCU